CUAUCAUGCCAAACAGGGCAAGACCCAUCGAGCCAUCAUGAAGACGAUAGCACUCUGGGUCCUGGCCUUCGUCCUCUAUAGCCCUGUCAUUAUCUUCUGGGAGCUGGGGGAAGAGAAGAGCCGCAUCCCGGAGGACGAGUGCUUCGCUGAGUUCUACUACACUUGGUACUUCCUCAGUGCCUCCAUGUUGGAGUUCUUCUCCCCCUUUAUCUCUGUAACAUUCUUCAUCCUCAGCAUCUACCUCAAUAUUCAUAGGAGGAGGCUCCGGAACAGAGAUGAGGCCUGUGGACAGGCCCACAUGCCCUGGGGAUAGGGUAAAGGCAUCCGCCUCACCUCCCACUUCUCCCAGAGCAUGGCCGUGGUUAAAAAGUUGACUAGGGCUGUGUCUGUCCAGGGGAAGGGAUCAUGCUCAGGGUCCUUCCACUCCCAGAUGUCCCCUCCCCCAUGGAGCAGCAGGACACCUCUUCCACCAGGAGCACCCAACACCUCUGGCUUUCCAGGGACAAGAAUAUGGCCAAGUCACUGGACCUCAGAGUGUGUGUCUUUGCUGGGCGCCCGCCACUCUGCUGACGAUCAUCAGAGCCGCCUAUAGGGGGCGAUGCGUGCAGCACCGCUGGUAUGAGGUCACCUUCUGGCUGCUGUGGCUCAACUCAGCUAUUAAAACCCUUUCCUGUAUCCACUCUGCCACAGCGGCACCACAGGGCCUUCAGCAGGAUCCUGUAUCCCAGUAAGAGGUCGACUCAGCUUGCCGCCAACUGACCUUCAGCAUGACAGGCCUCGACUGUGACAGGCCUUGACUGUAUGUGACGGAUGGGCCAUUGACCAAUGACAGGCUUCUACGGCAUGUGACAGAUGGGACAGUGUCUAAAGAGAUGGUCACACACACGCACAUAAAGCACUACUGUACAUAGAUUCAAAGGAGAAUCUCAUGACCAAAUCUGAUACUUUACCAAUGUAAAAAUUGGAUAGAACAUCUUUCCUUUAUUUCGUGUAUCUCCUUUCUCCUCACCUCCUUCACAUAGACUCAAAUGAGAUACUCCCCACUAGGCACAGACGUCAGUUCAAUGUCCAUUUAUGAUUUACAUUUGUGUCACGUGAGUUGGGGUGGGCAUUUCUAUGUUUUGUGUUUCUAUGAUUUUCCAUCUCUAUGU